ACAUAUCACACCAUUGGUAAAACAGUACUACAUAAUUGAAUCCCAAGGACAAAACAAAAGUAAAUGUGAAAAGAGCAUCUCUCUCUCUCUCUCUCUCUCUAAAAAGUACGAUUGCUACUGGGGAUUGGAAGUGGUGAAGGGAAAAAGCAGAUUUCUCACACAUCCAUGUUGAGAACCUGCCUUCUACUGUAAAAAGCAGAUUUCUCCCUCCCUUUCUCUCCUAUCCUUUCUCUCUCCACAUUUCCCCUGGGUCCGAACUCAACAACAUACACGGCCUGUAGGCCCUUGAAUCAUUUCUCUCUAAUUAUACAGUAAUUUGAAGAUGCCGAGGCCAGGGCCAAGACCCUACGAGUGCGUGAGGAGAGCUUGGCACAGCGAUAGACACCAACCAAUGAGAGGUUCCGUCAUUCAGCAGAUUUUCAGGGCUGUCCAAGAGAGUCAUAGCCCUGUCACUAAGAAGAACAAAGAAUGGCAAGAGAAGCUGCCUAUUGUGGUAUUGAAAGCAGAGGAAAUCAUAUACUCCAAAGCCAAUUCUGAGGCUGAGUACAUGGAUCUUGCAACAUUAUGGGACCGGGUUAAUGAUGCCAUUAAUACGAUCAUUAAGAGAGAUGAAAGCACCGAAACGGGAGAUCUCUUGCCCCCAUGCGUUGAAGCUGCCCUUAAUUUGGGUUGUGUUCCAGUAAGAGCAUCCCGAAGCCAACGAAAUGCUAAUCCAAGAAGUUACCUUGGCCAGAAAACUCAAGAUCCUAAUAACACUACCAAUGAGUGGAACCCCCAGUCACUACCUCUCCACUCUGGCAAUCUAUUAACCUCCCCAAGGCCCAUAUCCAUGAAUUCAACUCAAUCUAAUACAACUAUGACACAAAGCAAUAGCUGUAAUAACCACAUUACUCAUUGCAAUUUUCCUUCUCCAUGUGUGGAAGUUCCUCCUCCCAGCAACCACCAGUUUAUCCCUGUGGAAAGUAACACCUCCCCAAAUGUCGGUUUGGUUUAUCCCUUGUACUAUGGGACCCAGUUCCAACCCGAAUUGCCCCAGUCAACCUUCCAAGUCCCUAGAAACCCCAAUGCCAUAUUCGUUGGUAGACCAAUUUUCCCAUCAAUCGCAGAGACAACUAAAAAGGGUUUCUUGCAAAACCUGCUUUCCUGUGAGAGGGAUGAAAAUACUUCAAACAGAGUCAGACAAGCAGAUUCCAGAAAGCACCAUGGGAAGGCACCUGAAACGGGGUUUGACUUAUCGUUACGUUUGGGGUUGUUUAAAGAACCGUGCAUCAAACCGGGAAGAGUUGUGGCUCAUGACACUCCUACAGUUGAUGUAAGCAGUUCUCAGGAGGGGAUCAUGUUCACUAAUCUGUCUCCCCACCAAAACAAGGAGUUUUCAUUCUUUCCUGUGGAUAUUGCUAAUGAUCCCUUUGAGUCCCAUAGAAGUCGGUGGAAUUCUGAGGGUGGAGGUCAGAAUGUGGAAGCAGCUACCAGAAAGCGUAAAGCACAGUUACAUGAAAAUCUUGAGGAUGGGUUAUUUUUCUCACAACCAGAGCUCAGAUCCAGCCAGUUUGUUGGUCGAAUGAAAAGGCCAGGUUCGUAGUUUUAGUUUUUGGAAUGUAACGUACAAUUUUUGGAAAUAACAAUUUUGCAUAUAUAUCUUUGGCUCCUCCAAUAUUCAUGUACA